GACGUCGCGUAGUUACCAGGCACCGUGUUACUCCAGCUUUAGUCUGCUAACGCUAAGUUUGUUUUUAUUGCAGGUUUGCUCUGUAUUUAUUCAGAUUCCUGACAUUCUUUCUUAAGAAGAAACUCAAUUCUAACGUGAAAACGGUGUAUCGUGCCUUCUUUCGUUGGGUGUGCAGAGGGGAAAUCGCCAUGUUCAACCCCAGUGAACUGGAAGGUGAAGUGGAUCACUCGUUUUUCGACAGCGAUUGUGCUGAAAGCAGCACAGAUGCACAACAUAAGGUGGAGAAAGGUUUGAAAGCUGAGAAGAAGAUCUCAAAAGCACAUGAUAAGUUACAUGCAAAAUACAGAGAGAAUUAUCAUGGCGAUCUGUCAUCAAGGACUGAUCAGACAAGAAAACAUCUAAAGCAAGCGGAGACCUGUAAUAGGAGCAGUAGAGCAGUAGUUUCCACUACAUCAGAUAAAGUCAGCAAUGAAAGCAGUGAUAGUGAAGAUUGCGCCAAUUUAGAACCUAAAAGGUCCAGUAGAACAUUCAUGGCUUUACUGGCUGAAGCCAAAGAGGUAGAUAAUACAGAUGUUUACAUUCAGAGUCCAAAAGAGACCAAAGGAGAAGCAUUACCAUUCAGUGCCAGCUCUAAAAGGAGAAAUAAACAAUCUCCUAAAAAAGUAAUUAGAAAUUUGCACAACCAAAGUCCUUCAGCUCCUCCAAGCAGGUCUGAGAGUCCUUCUCUUUCAUCGACUGAGACCAGCACAGAUGCAGACUCUGAGGGCUCCUAUAGCAGUAGCAGUCACAAGAGCAGCUUAGAGUCCCCUGCCCUCCCGAAACCAAGUGCAACUUCUUCUUCAUGUCCAGGAAUAAGAAGGACCAGAGUAGGCUCAGCAAGGCCUCGUGAUUUUCCUGUUCUCCACACGGCAGACUCAGAUGAUUCAGUGACAGAUGUGACCCCACUCUCCUCACCUGACACCAGUCCUCUUCAGUCAUUGGACUUGAAUGUCACAGAGGUCGAAGAAGAAAGUCAUAAAGAGGAGCAGCCGCGGGAGAGUGUGCCCUCCAGUGGUCUUAGAAACAUACAAGAUGACGACUCAGAUCAGGAUGUGGAUGAGUGCUCUCUCAAUUUAGAAAGUCAGCUUGGAAGAAAACUGGUCUUCCACUAUCCUGGAGGGAGAAACAGGAAAAACUACUCCUUCAGCAAUGACGAGGUUCGGCGCAUUGAUUUAGAGAAUCAGCGACUACUUCGCGAGCUGUCUCGCCUCUCUCCGGGUCCCAGAUCGGGAAGCGCACCAGUGAAGAAAAGCCAUGGGGCAAGUAACUCUCCUCGAAUUCGCCUCACUCACAGUGCAGUGAACAGGCAACGAGAACAGCAACGGAUUGAGCGGGAGAACCUGAAGAGUUUCACCAGGCGUACACCUCUUCACCUACUAAUGUAUUGAAUUGGAUGAUUCCCCCCCCCCAACUAAUUCUAGUAUGUAAUGUUGGGGAAAAAAUUACUCCUGUGUCCUUGCAGUAUACAUAUAAUCUGUAGAAAGAAAUUUCAUGUUUUUUUUUCUUCAACAAAUUUUUAGAAAGGAUAAGAAAAUGUAUUUUCUUUUGUUAUUUUACUAUUUAUUCAGCAUUUGUAUUAGCCCGUUUUUCAAAUAUCUCAAAAUGCUUAUGGUUGAAAGCAACUUUCUUCAAUAUGGUUUUGAGGAGAAAGACUGUAAAGAACAACACCCCUAAUAGAAGUUCUCAAAACUAAGAAAGAUAAUUAUUAACAUGAGUGGAUAUCAAAAAGAGCAGAGAGAUUUAAUGUUGCUGUGAACAGGCUUGUCACUCUGUGUGAGAUCGUGUAGGUUAAUAAUAUGUAAAUCACCCAAAAGUUAAGAUGUAAGUCAGAAAAGUCCCAAACAGAAACCUUAGGACUGGUUUUGAGGUUUCAUAAUUCAAAUGUAAUUAUAUUUCUUUUCUUUUUGAAUCUAAAUGUCUAUAGGUGUGAAAUUAAUAGAAUAAAAAUGACUUUCAGUUUGCUAGAUAGAGUCAGAGUGGCAUUAUUUUUUGUUAGGGGACGUCUAAAUAAGUCUUUUUGGGUUUCUACUCUAAAACCAAUCUUUUCUUACUGUAUUUUAAAUUCUUAAAGAGACUGUAAAUACAACAUGUAACUAUAGAAGUUGACUUUUUCCACUAGACUUGUUACUCAAGUUGGUAACUUCCUUGAAAACCAGCCUACAUGUUACUGUAUUACAUCCUAGUUUUUAAUUAUUUACUCUUUUUUUUUUUAAAAUGUU